AUGAGGUACCCGAAGACCGAGCUCUUAUGCCUUGCCUUUGUUUAUGCUGCACAGCGACUGCGACAUUACUUCCUUGCUCACAAGUUGCAGCUUAUAGUAAAGUCUGACCCCGUAAGGUAUUUUCUCACCAGACUAGUUUUGUCAGGAUGCCUCACACGUUGGUUGCUACAACUAUCCGAGUUUGAUAUCACGUGCAUAACUCCUAGAGCUAUCAAGGGACAAGCUGUGAUCAAUAUGUUGGCCCUAUUUCCUAAAGUAGAGGAGUCCACUCUCUCCAAAGAAUUUCUGGGAGAGCUGCUGGGAAUGGUUUCCAUUGCUACGGAGAAUGAACCACAGACCCUCUACUUUGAUGGUUCUUAUACAUUGAAUGGUGGAGGAGCAGGUGUGAUACUCAAUUAUCCGAAAGGGCAAGCCACGACCUUCUUGUUCAAGCUAAAUUUCCCAUGUAAGAAUAAUGUGGCGGAGUACGAAGCUUUUAUUAUGGGAUUGUCUAUGGCAAAGGAGAUGGGCGUAGAAAAGAUUAAGAUCAUUGGUGAUUCAAACUUAGUGCUAAGUCAAUUGCAAGGGAGCUUUGCUGUGAAAGAGGCAACCUUGGCCCUAUAUCGUACAACUUCCAAAAAGCUUAUUAGUUCUUUCAUGAAAAUUGUGCUGGAGCACAUUCCAGGGAUCACUAACAGAUAUGCUGAUGCUUUGGCUACAUUGGGGUCAAAGCUCUCAUUUGUCAAAGAGCAACCCAAUAUUACUGUAAUAAAGAAAGACAUGUCAUGA